GCCACCAAGGGGGAAGUGGCUGUCUUGUCUGCAGGGAAGAAAACCCCCUGGUAAGCCCUUCUUCGCCUUUAAAAUGACAAUAGAAACCAAGGCCCUGAAAAGUGUCCUUAUAUCAGGAGGCACUGGCUUCGUGGGUGCAGCAAUUGCGAGAGCAAUCGCAGAGAAAUACCCCAAGUGUAGCAUCACCGUCAUUGACUUGAACUCUCCUGGCCCGAUACACAUUCUACCAAACGGUGUCGCUUUUAUCCAAGCUGACAUUACUUUGAUAGACGAUGUCAGCAAGAUCAUUCAAGAGGUUAAGCCAGAAAUCGUCAUCCACACUGCGGGGAUUGUUCCGCCCCUCAGUGAGCGAUUUGGAAGGAGGCUGGAGCAACAUGUGCGGACGACCAACAUCGAGGGGACGAGAAAUAUGCUGGAGGCAUCCAAACUAGCUGGAGUGGAGGGAUUCAUCUACACGAGCUCAUGCUGCGUUGUGACGGAUGAUAUGCGCAUGCCAUAUAGAAAUAUUGAUGAACAGUGGCCGACAUCACACUCGUCAUCCCUCAUCUAUGGGGAGUCUAAGGCCGCUGCAGAGGCCAUAGUUCUGGAAGCAUCAAGCAGCACAAUGGCAACCUGCUCUCUCCGACCUUCGGUACUCUGCGGCCCUGGGGACUGUCAAUUAGUCCCAGCCAUUCACGCAUGCAUAGCCAGAGGCGAGACCCCUUUCAUCAUCGGUGAUGGGCUCAACUUAUGGGACGUCACAUACGUAACCAACGUCGCAGAUGCUCAUGUGCUAGCGGCAGAGAACCUGGUAUCCUCCAAGACCGCAGCGGGAGAGGCCUUCUUCAUCCAGAACAACGAGCCCAUCACAUUCAGGGACUUCUGCCUGGCGAUUUGGGCGCACUUUGGGCACAAUCCACCGUUUGAGAUCCACAUCCCCAGGGGGGUGGCGUCUUUUGCCGGGUUCGUAUCUGAAUGCUUGACAUGGGUGACUGGUACGCCCAGAGCGCUGAGUCGCGGCAGCGUCGGUGAUGCGUGCUCCGUACGAUAUGCUAGCGGGGAAAAGGCAAGACGGAUUCUUGGGUAUGAGGCGCGUGUUGGAAUGGAAGAUGCUGUCCGACUAAGUUGUGAGGUACGUCAACCGACUAAGAUGCUCUCUUUCGUUUCGAGCUUUGAUAUUCACUCUGAGACAAGGAUCUUGCUAGUCGUAUUGGGAUCGAACUACCUACCCAAUUGAAGACAAAGAAAGAAGAAUGAUU